GGUUCCGAACGGUAUCAGUUGAAUCGUGAUCGUUUAACUAACAACAACAUCUAGCUUUUUCGUUCGCUCGUUUUACAUCGUAGAAGAGACGGAAGUUUGCGACGGUGGUUUAUUCAGAAGAAGAAAACAAGUUUUCAAGAACACGUUUCAAGGAGAAAAUUGAGUCUCAAGUGAAAGGACAAUUGUAGCCAAGUCGGAAAUCGGAAGCAAUCAUGAUUUCGCAAAUGUUUAAAGCUGUUAAUAAAGCCCGCUUCAGCGGCAUUCGGAUCGUUCCGGCUAAUGCGCCAUCACUGUAUCAAGAGUGCGUAAAAGUGUUUGUUGCCGAGGUGAAUCGAACCAACAAAAAUGGAAAACGGAUUUCGGAGUUGCAAUUUUUACCAACGGCUGCAUUGGUAAACAUCUUUGAGGAAAUGUGCCUUUACCCAGGCUUGCGUAACAUUCUGCGCCAGGAGCUCGCUGAUCCAGCUCUAUUCAUGAGAAUUUUCAACGGCCAUGCAUCGAAUCAGCACAUUUUAGACCGUUGCUUGCGCGAGGCCAGCUUGAGCGGAAAACCGGUUUUGUCCGACCUCGCUACUAAUUACUGUGAUAUGGCUCGUGGCGACCCACUGGAGCCAGGAUCGCCGGCCUUUAUGAGCCGUAUUCUGGCCACAAUGAAACUCGGCACCUAUCUGAACGAAGCCGGUUGGUCCAGUUCCAGUGUCGAUGUGUUAGUCAUAGCUAAAGACAUGAUCUCAUUGAUUAAGGACAAUCGAUUCUACAAUAAACUGGAACUGGAAUGCAUGCAGAAGUUGCUCCAUUCGGAAAUAAGCUGCUCCCAUCCAAAUGCCAGACAAACAAGCGAGAAUCUGCAGAAAUACAUCGUCGACAACACUAAUGCUGACGAUCUAGUCAAAUCGUACAUCGAAAUUUCCUACUUCCAUUACUCGGUUCAUGAGUACGAUCUUUGCCACGAUUUUGCCGUAAAAGUGAUGAAUCUGGUCACAGAUUCGACCGCCAUCGGUGACGUCAUCGCUGUUCUCCAACUGGAAGCAUUGUACUGCUUUGCUAAGGAGCGCUACGACCUUGGCUGUAUGCUAAUCUCGCAAGCCAUCCAUCGUGCUCGCUCUAAGUAUGGCAACCUGCACCCCCGCUACGCUGAUGUGAUCCUCACCUACGGUGAAUGUCUGCUGCUGAUGAACGCCGUUUCUGAUGCCAUUUCAACCUUCAUGGAGCUGCUCGAUAUCACAACCAAACUAUACGGCCAGCACACUCCCACCGUUCCGAUUGUGCAAGGGUACCUGGCCUACGGAUUUUACCUGCGUUCCCACACCACCGGGAGGUUCGAUAUGGCACAGAAUCACAUCGACAAGGCCAUCGCCCAUGCCAAGCAGAUCAUUCCAACGAAUCAGCGAGUACUUGGCGAUCUGAACGCCAUUUACAACAUUGUGAUCAAAGGCCACGACGGCGAACGCGCUGCCAUGAAGGAAAACCAUGCCAUCAGGGCCAACAACUAUCAAAUCUUCUCGUUCCCCGAAAUUCGAGACAAGUACGUUGAACUUCAUGCGUCGUUCGAAAGCGAAUGAUUAGUGGAUUCGCAUUCAUGUUCGAUUAGGAUUACAGAACAUAUCAUACCAUCAACUGAAUUUAUUUGCUUAUGUUAAGCUACUUUCGUACAAAAGACUUGAAACUGAUUAGACUGUAAGUGAUUUUUUAAAUGUUUUACCGUUUAAAUAAAACAAAUGCAUAUUCGUUAAAAAAAA